GGACGCUGGUGGAAGACAAGAGAACUUGAUCUCUGUGUGGCUUCUGACAGGUUUUCGGCACUCUCAGCAAAUGAUGGAUGGACGCCUUCCCAUGAAGUCCCUGUUUGUGGCCCGGUGCCACUGCUGAGGUCAGAAGGAGGCACCCAGCCAUGCUGUCAAUGCUGGGUGUCUCGUUCUGAUCUCACAGUGACUCACACCCACAGCACCAAUGCUGGGUAGUUCACAGGGAGCAUGAAUGUAGGCAGCCAGCUGUUAUUGCUGUGGGGCGAGCCGAAAACCUGCAGCAAAAGGUACCGACAUGGAGGUUAAUGCCACUGCCUUGUGGUCUACCGAUGCACCCUUGUUGUUUUCUUCUAAACCCAAAACUAAUGUCAGCAAUGUAAUUGACAUGAUCCAAGUCUUCCUCUAUGGUGUGGUUUUCCUCCUUGGUUCCUUGGGUAAUGGAGUUGUGAUGUGGAUCACAGCCCACCAGGUCUCGCGCAAAGUCAAUUGUGUCUGGUACUUCAACCUAGCCUUGGCCGACUUCUUGUUCUCAGUGAGCCGCAUUGUGCCAUUACUCAAGAAUGCUUUCUAUGAAGGAUGGCCCUUUGGAAGCUUCCUGUGCCGAGCCACCAGUUUCAUCAAAUACCUCAAUAUGUUCUGCAGUGUCUUCCUCUUGGCUGCUAUCAGCUUGGACCGGGCAGCUUCUGUGGUCUACCCAGUUUGGUCCAAAACUCGCCGUGGACCACGCUUGGCAUGGUUGGCUGCCAUCUGCGCCUGGUCCAUUGCUGUGGCCACCAGCCUCCCUUUCUAUCUUUAUCGUAAAGUGGUGAUUGACAAAGGUAACAAAACUAAAUGUUCCCUUUCAUUGGGGGAUGGAGAAACAGAAAAGCUGGUGACCUAUCUGCUCAGGUUAGUAUGUGGGUUCCUGGCUCCCUGUGUCAUCAUUGUGGUCUGUUAUGGGGUCAUUGCUGUACAACUGAGGCAACGGAAAACCACCUUCCGCUCCAAGAAGCCCUUCAAGGUGAUAUUGGCCAUUGUGAUCACCUUCUUCCUCUGCUGGGCACCGUACCACCUCUUCCUUCUCCUCAAACUGGGAGGAGUGAAGGGUCAGGCGGUUUCCAUUGGGCUUCCUCUCACUUCUUGCCUGGCCUAUUUCAAUAGCUGUGCAAACCCCAUCCUUUACUUCUUCAUGGGGUUGGAUUUCCAUAGGAAGUGCUUCAACUUGCCAGGGGCCUUCAGGAGAGCCUUGUUGGAAGACAGCACCCAUUCGUUUAGAAGGCCUAGCAAAUUCACAAGGGAAGCGACUUCUUCCAUUGAUGAGCUGGACAACUCCACAGUGACCCAAAGGGUGGUCUGAAGAAACACAAGGUCCAAGAGUCCUUCUGGAUUAGAAGACCUAGGUAUAAUAGUGACAGAAAUGGUAAAUUAUCUAAUACAUUCCUUUCCUGACCAGUGGCAUGUGGAGCUGUCCUAUCCUGCCUUUCCCAAAUCUGGAGGGGCAAUGAAUUUGAUCCAUGUUGGGGACAUUUUUUAAACCAUGGAACAUAAAGAUAAAGAUAACAGCAGCUAAGCACAGUACCAUCAUGCCUUAGCAUCAUCAUGCCUUGGUCACAGCAGUUAGUAAGAGAUCAUCCCUCCAUACCAACUGCCAUUGCUUUGGCCUUUGAGGAAGAGAACAGCAGCCAACAUUUGCUGGGGUUAAUCCCCUCCAAAACUUCAAUUCUCUUUUACUUGUGUUUUGUGUCUUUGUAAACUGUAAACCUGAGGAUAGGGAAUUAUCAGAUUAACCAUUUGUAAGAUGAUCUGGGAGCCUUUUUGGCUGAAGAGCAGGGUAUAAAUGCUCUCUGUAAAUAAACAUAUAAAUAAUCCCAAAAUGGGUACAAGGGAAGCUAGGUAAGAUAUAUUUCAUCCUGGUAUUUGCUCUAAUAGGGAAUGAAGAGAUGAGAAGAUUAGACUAUGGCUCUGUGAAUGGACUGACGACAAGGAGAAAAGUUUUCCAAGUUCAGUUUCUUAAAACUGGAAAGCCAAGACUAUUGAAAUCCACAUGCAAAUGUUCAUGGAUUGCCACAUGCUCCUAUUUCCUUGAACUGUGAGACAUUCCAGAAACAGAACUUACCUGGGCUUGGUUGCCUUUAGCUAAAUGGACUAGUGACUUAAAGUGUUUUUGUAACAGAUGCUUAAUUUACAAAUAUAUAGGCAGAACAUAA